UAUUUUAAAAAAGAGUGCGGUAAUUUAAAAAAAACGGCCAAUUUAAAAAUACUGUAAUUCAAAGAGUUUGCAUGCGAAAAAAAAGUAAAUCAGAGAAAACGUUAGUUAGUUCACAUUGUGUAUUGUAUUGCUUUUGUUUGGAGAACGGUGAUGUGUAAGAGAACAAGGUCACUUGGGUUUAAUGCUGGCUGGUGUAGUCAGUGAACAAGUUGUCGAGGAUCUCGUGGUACCGACUGUACUGACCGGUGCUACAGUUACAUUUAUCAUUACUUCAAUUUUAAAAAAUAGAAAGAUAAAAAAAAAUAUUAAAAAAAAAAAAAAAAGACAAAAAAAAAUCCGCUUGAAAAAUAUUUUUCUACUUCACAAAUCAAAUAAAAAAUUAAUUGUCUCAUAGAUAAGUUAUCAGCAGGUUUUAAAUGAUUUAAAGUGAUAAGUUGUGAACAACAAAAUAAUUAAAUAAUAGCAAAAAAAGGGCAAAUUAUAUUUAAUAAGACAGUUUUGUUCAAGCUGGAGUAUUUAUACUGGAAUUUUCUCAUGACGCUCGGCCAUGAUCUGUAACUCACGUAUGUCUGGUCAAUUUCCCAUCGUUUUAAUUUGAAAUUCCUUAUAAAUCUCAUAUUUUUAUAGCAAUAAAUUAUUAUUACUUUAUAUAUUAUUAUUAUACAGUCAUUUUGUUAUACAUUUAUGUAAAAAGUUAAGUUAUUAAUUCACUGAUAUGAUAUAUAUUAAAAUACUCAGUAUAAUAAUUUAUUAAGACAAAUGUGUGACGUAACUAGAGUGAUAAACGUUUUUGCGGUAAAUGUUUUUUAGUUUGCCAUCUGAUAAAAAAUAUAUAUAUGUAUAUGUACAUGUAUAUAUAUUUAAAAAAAUAUUAAGUGUUUUGUAUCUGAUAUUGAAUCAGUUAUAGCUUUACUAGCUGAUAAAAACGUUUUAGUUGAUUUAGAUAAUAAAUUUUUUUAAAAAUACAAUAGACUUUUAAAAUGAAGAUGGAGGUUGAUCUUAGGAAGGAGCAGUUGAAGAAGGCUACAGACAGGAUACAGCGUGAAAUUGAAGAGGUCACUGAGCGUGAGCACGAGUUGAGAAACGUCGGAAGUAUUAAAACAACAUCACACGAAACUGUUGAUUCUAAGGUUCGUCGAAUGCCACAAGCAUUAAUAUCGGGAAAGUUAAAGAGAACAACGUCAACACCCCAGAUAUUGGAGCCGUCAGUGACACUGACGUCUAAUAAUAAUAAUAAUAUUAAUAAUAAUAAUAAUAAUCUCACACCCAAAAUGACUAAUGGAGUUAUAUCGGCACGUACGACACCGACACCACUGCGUUUUGCAACAUCGCCAAGUCAAAAGGGACUGAUGCACAGGUUUUUAGCGACACGUGGUAGAAUUUUUAACAAAAAUUCGUCACCACCUGCCGAUUGUUUGACACCACCACCGACACCGACCAUUGUCCUGAACCCUCAGAGUAUUCGGGCUUUGAGUAAAAGUCUGGAAGUGAGAAUAGAACCGGAUGAUGAGCCGAAAAAACCGCAAACUAGAAAAGGAUACGUUCCGGUUGAAGAAAAAAUUCAAAAAGAACUCAAUGAUAUGAAAGAACGUGAAAAUGAACUGAGGUUGAUGAGGUCAAGGAUGCUGGCUAAAUCUCAACCAAACCUGAUUGAAAUUGGUAAUGACAAUGAUUCAGAUAUUUACGAUGGAUCGAAUUCACUGAGAAGUGGAACAUCAUCGAAUACACUUAAUGACGAUGACUCAGAUCGAGGAGAAAAUAGAAGUGGGAAACACAAACCAAAUCCGCGACGUCGUAGUACACUUAUUGCUCAGUGGGAAAAUCUCAUAGCUGCAAAUAAGGAGUCUUUGGAAAAUGGAAAUGAAAAUGAAAAUAAUGUCUAACAAUACAUUAUUGAUAUUUAUUUAUUAAUUUUAAUAAUAUCUAUAAUUUAGUACUCAAAAAAUCAAGGGUAAAAUAUUUUUGGUAUUUUUUCCAAUAUGGAAAUUUAUAUACAGUAUUAAAUUAUUAUCCAAUUAUUCAUCUUAAUUACCUUGUUUUCCUGUAAAAAAUUAUUUUAACUGCUUCACGCUUGGUAAUUAACUUCUUAUUUUAUUCUUUAAACUCUGCAACGACUUACAGAAAAAAAAAAAAAAAAAAAAAAAAAAUGACGUUAGCGGGAGAUAAUUAUUAUUUAUAAUCAAAAAUCGUGUGCAAUCGUUAGUUAAAACGACUAAACAUCGAAAUUAUUUUUUAUAUAUCGAUAUACAUUAGUCAUAAAUAUAAUUAUUUCUAUAUAUAUAUUAGGGUGGUCCUUAUUUUUGACAUUUUUGAAUUUUUAAGUUCCCAGAGGCUUAUGUGGUUCGAAAUAAAUAAAAAAAAAUAUCCUCAAAGUUUCAGGUCUCUAUCUCAAUUUUAACCCGUGCCGCAGAGCGAUGUAAGUUUCCCCUUUAAAUAACACGGGGUUUUUGGCAUUGAACGAUUAAAUUUUUAUUCCGGCUAAAGUAUUUGUUCGAAAAAUUUGAAACUCUGUAGACUUUAUCCUCAUAUUAGCAGCUACUCCUCAGAAUUUUUACAGAUUUUCAGCUACUAUAAUUUUGGGGGUACAGCAUGAUGAAAAAAAAGAAAAAAAUUAUUUUUUUUAUUUUUAGCUAAAAUUUUUUUCAAAUAAUAUAUCAAAUCAGUCUGCAUCCUUAUCAGAAGUUCUUACAUUUUUUCAUUCUCGCACCUAAGUGGGUGAACGGUAUAUCUUUGUUGCACUAAUACAGUAAUCAGGAACUUUGCAUUAGUGUGCAGUAAAGGGUUCCUUGAAAGGAUUUUUUAAAUUUAUUACGAUUACCUCACAAACGGUUUCAAUUACGGCAGAAAUAUUUCCUCAAAGUUUGAGCUCUUAACUCCAACGGAACCACGUGUCGCAAAUUUUGUUUUUGUGAUUUUUUAAGUUUAUUAUAUUUAUUUAUAAAAGAGAUCUAUUUUAUUAAUAAUUUAUUAUAGUUAGAAAAUUGUAAACAAAUAAUUAUUUCGAUAUUAUAAUGCACAAAACUAUCAACCUUUUGUUUAUUAUUUAUUGCUUAAAACAAAUAAUAAACUUAAAGGUGACCAACUUAUUUAAGCAAAUAUUGAAAGAAAUUUAAUUUAUUGAUAAUAUUUAUCAACUGUUAAACUGAGACAUAAUAUGAUUAGUGGCAUUGAUAUACCGAUCUCAGAUAUCAAUUGAAUGCAUUAUGUACUUUUGAAAAAGACACAUUGUCAAAUAACAUAAACAAAAAUAUUUCUUGAAAAAAUCACAAAAAAAAUUUAGCGGUAACUCUUCCCGUUAGAAUUAAGAGCUUAAACUUCAAGGGAAUUUUUUCUGUUGUAAUUGAAAAAAAAUGCUCGUGAUUACUGUAUUAGUGCAACAAAGAUAUGCCGUUCACCCACUUGGGUGCGAGAAUGAAAAAAAGGAAGAACUUCUGAAAAGGAUGCAGGGUGAUUUGAUAUGUUUUUAAAAAAAAUUUUAGAUAGAAAUAAAAAAAUUUUUUUUUUGUUUCUUUUCAUCAUGCUGUACCCCCAAAAUUAUAGUAGCUGAAAAUCUGUAAAAAUUCUGAGGAGUAACUGCUUAUAUUAGGAUAAAGUCUACAGAGUUUCAAAUUUUUCGAACAAUUACUUUAGCCGGAAUAAAAAUUUAAUCGUUCAAUGCCAGAAACCCCGUGUUAUUUAAAUGGGAAACUUACAUCGCUGUGCGGCACGGGUUAAAAUUGAGAUAGAGACCUGAAACUUUGAGGAUAUUUUUUUUUAUUUAUUUCGAACCACAUAAGCCUCUGGGAGCAUAAAAAUUCGAAAAUGUCCAAAAUAAGGACCACCCUAAUAUAUAUAAAUAUAUAAGUUAUUUUAAUAUGAAACAUCUGUAAUUUCAAUAAUAAAUUUCAUGAUAAAAUAAUUUAAAUAUCAAUAAAAAAAAUUUUAAUUUUAUUUAUAAUUAUUAAUUAAAUACUUUAAUUGGUAAAGUGAUUUUUUAAAAUGAAUUUAAUUAAUAAUAAGUGUAAUUAAUUAUUAAAAUAAAUAUAAUUCCCGCUAAGCAUGCGUAGAGUUUAAGAAAAAGCGCGUGGGUUGAUGACGCGUGCGCUCUUUCAACGAAUGAUUAAAUUACAAUUGAUAAAAUUUUAUCUAAAAUAUAAUAAUAUAAGAAAAAAAAAUAUAUAAAUAUAACUAUUUGAAAAUAUUGAUGUUUUAUCUGUUAAUUAAAUUAAAAAUUUUAAAAACUAACUUCCGUAUUUUGAAUUUUUAAAACUGAACUAUUUAUAGAUUUUAAAGGAGAUUACUAAUGAAUUAUUAUGAAACUAAGUUUGAUGUUAACAUAAAAGUAAUUUUAUUAAAUUAAUUGAAUUAUAUAUCGAGUUAACGUUUAGAGAAAU